CGAGACUCACCGGGGAAUCCUCGUGUUGUGGUCCGCGUCAAUACAUUUGUGUCGCUUAAUGUCACUAAAGAAAAUUGAUUAUGAGUUCUCAGAUCACUUGUGUCGGUUGGGUGAAGCGCGGAGUCGCUAAAGAAACGCCGGAUAAAGUCGAGCUGAGUAAAGAAGAGCUGCAGCGCAUCAUAUCAGAGGCCAGAGACGAGCUCAGGGACAGAGAUGAUGAGGAGGGAGAGGAUGAUGAAGGUGUGGCUAGUGGUCCAGACAUCAGUGAAGAAACAUCAGCCGAAGCUUCAUUUACAGCUGAAGAUGUGAAGGAUGUAAAGCCGACAGUGAAGCAGGAGGAUGAUGAGCUCGCUGAGUACGGUCUGGAUAAUUAUGAUGAAGAGGAUGAUGCAACAACAAAUCUUGGAGACAGUCUGGCAGGAUUGACAAUGUUCGGCACCAAUGAGGAGGAUCCGUAUAUCACCAUCAAAGACACAGAUCAGUACGAGCGGGAUGAUUUUCAGAUCAAACCCUCUGAUAAUCUGGUCCUGGCCGGUCGAGCCGAGAAUGACUGCUGUAACCUGGAGAUUUACGUGUAUAACUCGCCGGGAGAUUCUCUGUAUGUCCAUCAUGACAUUAUGCUGCCCGCGUACCCGCUGUGUGUGGAGUGGUUGAACUUUGACCCCAAUCCAGAGGAAGCAAAAGGGAAUUACGCAGCCGUGGGGAACAUGACUCCUGUCAUUGACGUGUGGGAUUUAGAUGUUGUGGAUUGUUUGGAGCCGGCGUUCUCACUGGGCAGCAUAAAAAAGAAAAAGAAGAAAUCCAAGAAGAAAGCGGCAGAGCCUGUAGACGGUCACUCUGAUGCGGUUCUGGAUCUGUCCUGGAACAAAGUGGUCGGGAACGUUCUGGCGAGCGCUUCUGCAGAUGAGAGCGUGAUUCUGUGGGAUUUACAGCAGGGCAAACCAGCAGCAACGCUCACAAAACACACAGAUAAGGUUCAGACUUUGAAGUUUCACCCAUUUGAGGCUCAGACUCUCCUCACCGGAUCAUAUGACAAGUCUGCGAUUCUGUACGACUGCCGCAGUCCAAACGACAGCCAUCGGAUCUGGAGGUUCAGCGGGCAGGUGGAGCGUGUUAUUUGGGAUCAUUUCUCUCCCUGUCACUUUCUGGCGAGUACAGAAGAUGGAUUUAUCUACUGUCUGGACGCUCGAUCAGAUAAGCCAGUGUUUACUUUGAGGGCUCAUGAUGGAGAGAUAUCAGGAAUGGACUUGAGCAGUCAGAUCCGUGGUUGUCUGGUCACAUCUUCCGCAGACAAACAUGUGAAGAUCUGGGACAUUCUUGGAGACAAACCCAACCUCAUCCACUCAAGAGACAUGAAAAUGGGUGUGAUGUUCUGCUCCGCAUGUUGUCCUGAUCUUCCGUUCGUGUACGCGUUUGGAGGGCAGCGGGAUGGUCUGCGCGUGUGGGACAUCAGUGAUGUAGCUUCUGUGGUCGAGGUUUUUGGCAGUCGGGAACGUUUGGUGGCAAACACGGUCUCGAGCGCCUCCAGCAGCGGCACAUCAGACAUGGAGGUCUACUAGUACUUUAAUUGACUCCUCCCACAAUGAUGUGGGAGUGAAUGACAGCGCAGGAGGCGGAGAAUCACAUAUGAUUGUUUCAUUGCUGAUGAGAUGAACAGUGACUGUGUCCAUGUAUGAAACAUAUUAAUGCCAUCAUGUGAAGGGAUGUGAUAAGAUCCUGCUUAUGUUAAUAUAUCUGAUAUAUGUGCAGGGAUCAGAUCUUCUCUGUUUCUCUCUGACAAAUGUUUGAUUCUUUCCUAGAGAAAGGAUAACGUCUCACUUCACAGAAAAGAUUUAACUAUUUUUCCAUCUUUCCUCUCUGUUCAUGAGGUAUAUAAAUUUUAGUGAUAUAUACUUUCUAACAAACCUUUUAUUGUGCUUUUACUGGUUUGUAAAAUGGUUUGUAUGUUGUUUUGGAAACAACAGUGAAUAAAACCAUCAAAGAUAA